AAAAAGAUGAACUCUAUACUCAUUCACGGCGUCUUUGUCAACCAGAUUCGUUAAAUCGUCGCGGUUGAUAAUUUACGCUUACAAAACGAAAAUGUUGUUUUGCAAAAGCCAGGAUUAUUGUUUUUAGCAAUAUCAUAACUUUGGGAAAAAGUUUGCGGAGCGUUAAUCGUAUAAGCAUUAAAUGUACAACACACAAGAUGGCUGAUAUAAGGACUAUGAUAAACAAAAUGCAAAGUACAACCCAAAAUGGCACAUCAGAGGCUGUGCCUCCAGCCAAGGGUCAGAAAGGCACUAUUGAGAAGAUUUAUCAAAAAAAAUCCCAGUUGGAACAUAUUUUACUAAGACCUGACACAUACAUUGGGUCAGUGGAACGAGCCACUGAGACUAUGUGGGUAUUUGACAAAGAAAAGGAAUGUAUGGUGCAGAAGGAAUUGACAUUUGUACCAGGUCUGUACAAAAUUUAUGAUGAAAUUUUGGUGAACGCUGCUGAUAAUAAGCAGAGGGAUCCAAAAAUGGAUGUUAUUAGAAUUGACAUUAACCAAGAGCAAAAUACAAUAUCAGUUUACAAUAAUGGUUGUGGUAUCCCAGUAGUUAUGCAUAAAGACGAGAAAAUGUUUGUUCCGACUAUGAUUUUCGGUCAUCUUUUGACAUCAUCUAAUUACAAUGACGAGGAAGAGAAAGUGACAGGCGGUAGGAAUGGCUAUGGUGCAAAGCUUUGCAACAUAUUCUCGACAAAGUUUACGGUAGAAACAGCAUCUAGACAAUAUAAGAAACAUUUUAAGCAAACUUGGGGUAGUAAUAUGACAAAAGCUUCCGAACCUAAGGUUAAGGAGGCUGGCAAAGAUGAUGAUUUUACUAAAAUAACAUUUAGCCCUGAUUUAGCUAAGUUUAAAAUGGAAAAAUUGGAGGACGAUAUAGUCGCGUUGAUGUCGCGACGUGCGUAUGACGUGGCUGCUUCAUCCCAGGGUGUAAAAGUUUAUUUAAAUGGAGAAAGACUUAAAAUAAGUAAAUUUAAGGAUUACGUAGAUUUAUAUAUUAAAGGUAAAGAGGACGAAAAUGGACAACCAUUGAAAGUUGUGUAUGAAAAAGUAAAUGAUCGUUGGGAAGUUGCAUUAACACUUUCCGACAGGGGCUUCCAACAAGUUUCAUUUGUUAACUCUAUUGCUACUACGAAAGGCGGUAAACAUAUUGACACGGUAGCCGAUAGCGUUGUCAAGAAUGUUCUAGAAGUUUUGAAAAAGAAGAAUAAGGGAGGUGUGAACAUAAAGCCUUUCCAAGUCAAAAAUCACAUGUGGGUAUUUGUGAAUUGUUUAAUUGUUAACCCAACCUUUGAUUCACAAACAAAGGAGAAUAUGACACUCCAGGCGAAAAGCUUUGGUUCGAAAUGUAAUUUCUCUGAGAAAUUUAUAAAUGCAGUUAGUAAAUCUGGUUUGGUUGAAUCUGUAUUGACAUGGGCUAAAUUUAAAGCUCAAACAGAGCUUGUAAAGGCAUCAGGUAAAAAGCAGAGUAAAUUAAAAGGUAUUCCGAAGUUAGAAGAUGCUAAUGACGCUGGUACGAAGAAUUCUCACCUUUGUACCUUAAUUCUCACUGAGGGAGACUCAGCUAAAACAUUAGCUGUGUCUGGACUUAGUGUUGUAGGCAGAGAUCAUUACGGCGUUUUCCCAUUAAAGGGUAAACCUUUGAACGUACGAGAUGCAUCACAUAAACAAGUUUUAGAAAAUGUUGAAAUUAAUAACCUUAUAAAAAUCCUCGGAUUACAGUAUAAAAAGAAAUAUAACUCACUUGAUGAUUUAAAAACAUUAAGAUAUGGUAAAGUGAUGAUAAUGGCUGAUCAGGAUCAAGACGGUUCGCAUAUCAAAGGUCUGAUCAUCAACUUCAUUCAUCACAAUUGGCCUGAAUUAUUAAAACUGCCGUUUUUAGAGGAAUUUAUUACUCCUAUCGUUAAAGCAACGAAGAAGGAUAAAGAAAUUUCCUUCUAUUCGUUACCAGAAUUUGAAGAAUGGAAACGAGAAACUGAUAAUCAUCACACAUUUAAUAUCAAAUACUACAAAGGUUUGGGUACCUCCACAUCGAAGGAGGCUAAAGAAUAUUUCCAGAAUAUGGAAAGGCAUAGAAUAAAGUUUAGAUAUAGCGGACCCACUGACGACCACCACAUUGAGCUGGCUUUCUCAAAGAAAGGUGCGGAUCAACGGAAAGAAUGGUUGACAAACCAUAUGGAUGAAGUUAAACGGAGGAAGGAAAUAGGUUUAUCUGAAAGAUAUUUAUACACUAAAGAAACUAAAGCCGUAACUUAUUCUGAUUUUAUUAAUUUAGAGCUGGUUCUCUUUUCUAAUGGUGAUAAUGUUAGAUCAAUUCCAUCAAUGGUGGAUGGUCUGAAGCCAGGCCAGCGUAAGGUGAUCUUCACGUGCAUAAAGCGUAAUGACAAACGGGAGGUCAAGGUCGCACAGCUGGCGGGCUCCGUCGCCGAGCACUCCGCUUACCAUCAUGGCGAGCAGUCCCUGGCGAUGACGAUAGUGAACCUGGCGCAGAACUACGUGGGCUCCAACAACAUCAACCUGCUGGAGCCCCGCGGCCAGUUCGGCACGCGGCUCUGCGGCGGCAAGGACUCCGCCAGCCCGCGUUACAUAUUCACUCUCAUGUCGCCCCUCACUCGCCUGCUCUUCCACCCACACGACGACCCCUUGCUUAUUCACGAGUUCGAAGACAACCAGAAGAUAGAACCAGUACAUUAUGUGCCCAUACUGCCGCUGGUGCUGGUGAACGGAGCCGAGGGUAUCGGCACCGGCUGGUCCACCAAGAUACCUAACUACAACCCAAGGGAUAUCGUCGCCAACAUACGGCGUAUGUUGGACGGCGAGGAGCCGAAGCCGAUGCACCCUUGGUACAAGAACUUCCGCGGCACCAUCGAGAGCUUCGGCGACAAGUACGUGAUCUCCGGCGAGGCGGCCGUGCUGCCCGGCGACAAGCUGGAGAUCACCGAGCUGCCCGUCGGCACCUGGACGCAGAACUACAAGGAGAACGUUCUAGAACCGAUGCUGGGGAACGAGAAAGUUAAACCGAUCAUUUCUGAGUACAGAGAAUAUAAUACGGACACGACUGUGCGGUUCGUGGUGAGUCUGCUACCAGGGAAACUGGCGGAGGUGGAGGCAGAGGGCAUCCACAAGGUCUUCAAACUGCAGACCACCAUCUCCAUGACCUGUAUGAACGCCUUCGAUCACAAUAACUGCUUGAAAAAAUACGAUAAAGUGGAGGAGGUUUUGCGUGAGUUUUACGAGUUGCGUGUGAAGUACUACGCGCGACGUAAGGAGUUCCUGCAGGGCCAGCUGCAGGCGGAGGCGGACAAGCUGACCAACCAAGCUCGCUUUAUCUUAGAAAAAUGCGAUAAAGGACUCGUUAUUGAGAAUAAAAAGAGAAAAGUCAUGGUAGAAGAACUUAUUAAAAGAGGCUAUGAACCGGAUCCGAUCGCGGAGUGGAAGAAGCGCGCCAGCAAGAUGCAAGGCUUGGAAGCGGUGGAAGAGGAGCCGCAGGAGUCUGAGGAGGAGGUGGAACCUGAGGAUAACAAGGGCAAACCUGUGGAUCCAGAAAAAGCAUUCCAGCAACUAAAAGAAGUCAAGAAGUUCAACUACCUGCUGGGGAUGUCGAUGUGGAUGCUGACCAAGGAGAAGAAGGACGAACUCCUCAAGCAAAGAGACCAGAAACUCGCCGAGCUGGAGAUACUCAAGGCCAAAACUCCUUCCAUGCUGUGGCGCGAGGACCUGGACACGUUCCUGGUGCGGCUGGAGGAGGUGGAAGAGAAGGAGAGGAACGAAGAGAACGCCGUUAACAAGAAGAGUUCCAAGGCUUUUAAUGCAAAUAAGAAGAACAGAAAAUCGUUAUUCGAUAUCAUCCCCGCUGAUAACGGUCGGAGAAUAGAGCCCAAGAUAUCUGAAGACCUCAUCAAGAGGAUACAAGCUGCGGAGAAAGCCAAGACCAGGAAAGAAAUUAAAAAAGAAUACGAUCCCGACGAUCCCACGGGAGUGACUCCUCCUGCGAGUGGAGAAAAGAAGCCAAAGGGAAGAGUAAAGAAAGAGAAACCAGAGAAAGAGAAGGCGGAGAAAGCAGAUGGACUCAAGCAGACUAAACUCACGUUCAAGAAGGAACCUAAAAAGAAGAAGCCCGCGUUCAGCGGCAGCAGCUGCGGCGAGCAGUCGGACUCCGACGUGGAGAUGGUGGAGCCCCCCGCGCCCCGCGAGCGCGCCGGCGCCCGCAGAGCCGCCACUAAGGUGCAGAAAUACAAAGAUGGUUCCGAGGAGUCAGAGUCUAACGAGGAGUUGGAGCUGGUGGACAGCGAGCUCGCUGCCGGGGACCAGCCCGCGGCGCUCACUGACGAUGAUGAUGAUGAUCACUUCAAUGUUAAGAAAAACGCUAAUAAAAAACCUGCUGAAAUGGACUCGGAUUGUUUAUUCGACUCGUUAAUAGAAGAGACAAAGAAGGAGCAACCUAACAACCACGUGGAGGCCACUGUCCUGUCCAGUGACGAGGACGCGCCAGCGCACUCUCCCAAGAAGAAGCCAGCGCAGAAAAGGAAACUGCUCAACACCAACAGCAAGGAGAAGAAAGAAGAUAAACCCAAGAAGAGGCCCGCCAAAGUUCUGUUAAGCGCGGAUAGCGAUGAUGAUAGCAUAUUUGAUACUAAAAAGGAUAAAAAGGCGAAUCCUAAGAAGAAAGCAAAGAAGAAGGCGGAGAGUGAUUCAGAAGAUGACGAGGUGAUAUCGAGCAGUCCGGUGGCGGCGCGAGGGAAGGCUCGCGCGCGGCCGCAAGCUAAAUACAACUUUAGUGAUGACAGCGAAUAGAUUUAACAGAUUGUGUCUACUCUCUGUGCGUGUUGCUGGAGACAAACUGAAACUUGAUGUUUUAAAAAUGUUUAUUUUUGUAUCAUUGAAGUUUUGAAAUGUCACUUUACAAUGAAUACUUGAGAAGUGUAAUCUCGUUUAUUUUGUAACGCCACAAUUAGUGUAAUUUUUAAUAUUUUAGAUUUAGUAUAUAGUUUUCUUUAAAUGUACAGUCGGACUUGAGGUGGGCAGAAUUCAGUACUUAACGUUUACGUUUUAAGGUUUAUGAAUGAUUAGUUGUGUCCCGCGAAUAUUUCAUUCUUAUUAACGUUAUUUUAAUACCUAUCUUAAUAAUUUGUUUGUUGAUUAAAAAUGUUAUUUUUUAUAUAACUAUUGGUAGUUCCUGGAAUUAAGUGUACAAACUUUUUAACUUUAUUAUGUAAAUAAGUUGAAAAGUUUAGAAAACGCGUUAAUUCUAGAAACUAUAUGGUUUUUUAUAUUUAACACGAAUGAAAAUAAUUUCUUAAUGUCUGUUCUGUCUAAUAAGUUUUUUUCUUUUUAACUAUACUUAACACUAAC